UUCUGUUCAAAAUCAACACUGUAGUCUGCCGCUGCUGCCUGCUUCUGAUUUUCUACCAAGUCGUUCCAGAAAAAUCUAGCUCAAUAUUUUGCUUGAUUGAAAACCCAUGGCUUUGUUGAUGGAUCCUGGCUCUGAACCCCAGACCAACGAUGAGCUCAUUGAUCUUGAGGCUAUUGCUGCGCUCAAAGAGUCCGCUGCUAUUGAGCUCAAGGAACAGGGAAACGAGUAUGUAAAAAAGGGAAAGAAGCAUUACUCAGAUGCUAUUGAUUGCUAUACUAGAGCCAUUAACCAGAAGGCCUUAAGUGAUCCAGAGAACUCUAUUCUUUAUUCCAAUAGGGCGCAUGUGAAUCUGCUCAUGGGAAAUUACAGACGAAGUCUCCAGGAUGCUGAGGAGGCCAUUAAGUUGUGUCCAACAAAUGUUAAGGCUCUUUAUAGGGCAGUCAAAGCAUCAUUGUCGCUCAAUCUGUUGGAUGAAGCAAGAUCAUAUUGUGAAAAAGGGCUUCAGCAGUAUCCAGACAACGAAGAACUGAAGAAGCUAGCCAAGCAAAUCGAUGUAAAGAAAUCAGAACAUGAACGACGUGAAGCUGAACUUUCCAAAGCUGUUGCAGCAGCUAAGGAUAUUGUCACUGCCUUGGAGGAUAGGCGGAUAAAACUUGGAAAGGCAAUGUAUCAAGAACUCACUGGUAUUAAAAAACCAGUCCUGGACAAUAACAAAAUUCUCCAUUGGCCUGUUGUGCUUCUCUAUGCAGAGGUUAUGUCCAGCGACAUCAUUGAGGAUUUCUGCGAGACUGAUAUGUUUUCCGUCCAUCUUGACAUGAUGUUCUCUGAUGGCAGUCCACCUUUGCCCUGGGAUACAGAUAAUGCAUACAGUCGUGAUGCUCUUGAGCUGUACUAUGAGGCUGACUCUGGAGUUAGUUUCUCCAAAAAAGAAGUUCUUAAUUAUCUGUUAGAAGGAACCGCUGCAUCUCAUCUGGAGAAGAAUGGAGGUGAAGAGACUGAUAUUGCUACUCGCACUUCCUUUGCAAGUGGUAAUGGCUCCAACUGGGUCAAAAUAAAUGAGAGAAGAACACUUCAUGACAUUCUGAAAAAUUCUGAUAUUAUCGUGCCUGGAAUUCCAGUGUUUUUUAUUGUUUCAAAGAAGUCAAGCUUCUAUAGAGAUUUUAAGUCUGGAAAUUGGUCUCCACCUAAGAUCGCUUGAUCAAGUUGAAGACCCUUGUAGUUUAGAAGUAGUCAUUAUUGAUUUUAGGGUUAAUUGCCCAUAAAAUACUGAACUUUUAUCUAAUUCUGGUUUUGCAUACAAACUUCGAACUGUGGCGUGAUAAUUACUAAACUUUUGAUUUUA